GUAGCUAAAAGACUCUACUUCCCAUGAUGCAUCGCUCUGCUGCUGAUGCUGCUGUGAGUCCGAGAGAGAAGGGAAGAGAAGGUGUUUACUGCGGACCUGAAGGAAGACAGGCAUCACGAGAGACACACAACAGAUCAGAGAAAGACAGACAGCUCCAUGUGGUCUGAUAGAAGAUGAAACAACAUGACUUUGGACGGAUCGAGCCGGAGUCUCUACAGCCGGGGUCAGGGGUCACCCUGCUGCCGGAGGGUGUGUUGGGAGUGUGUGAGGACAGAGCACCUGGUUGCCAUGGUGAAGAGCUGGAGGAGGGCGGAGCUAAGAACACAGACCACAAGACAACAGGUGGAGGCAAAGACAGACAUCCGGUGGACAGCGCAGGUCUUUUCUCCUUCAUGACGUUUCAUUGGCUGACUCCACUGGCUGUACAUGCACGCAGGAAAGGACGGCUCCUAUUGGAUGACGUCUGGCCCGUGUCACAGCAGGAGGGUUGCCAUGCCAACAGCCUGAGGUUGGCGUCUCUGUGGGAGGAUGAGCGGAGGUCAAAGGGCAGCGAUGCGUCUCUGUGUUCGGUGGUCUGGUCUUUCUGUCGGGCUCGUCUGCUGCUCUCCAUCCUCUGUCUCACCGUCACCCAGCUGGCAGGAUUCAGCGGCCCGGCCUUUGUGGUGAAGCGUCUCCUGGAGUACACCCAGCAGACACAGCCUGAUCUGGGCUACGGGCUGCUGCUGGUCCUGGGCGUCCUGACCACAGAGCUGGUCCGGUCCUGGUCUCUGGCUCUGACCUGGGCCCUGAACUAUCGGACCGGGUCCAGACUGAGAGGAGCCAUCCUCAGCCUCGCCUUCAGCAAGAUCCUGAAGCUCCGCAGCAUCCGGGACAAGACCGUGGGACAGCUGGUGAACAUGUGCUCCAGUGAUGGCCAGAGGAUGUUUGAUGCCGCGGCAGUGGGCAGCCUGUUGGCCGGCGGCCCCCUGGUGGCCGUUCUCGGUGUGGUCUACAACCUGUUCAUCCUGGGACCCACCUCUCUGCUGGGAUCAGCUGUCUUCAUCCUCUUCUACCCCACCAUGAUGUUCAGCUCCAGACUGACGGCCUUCCUGCGGAGGAAGGGCGUGGCGGUGACCGACAGACGCGUCCAGAAGAUGAAUGAGAUCCUGAACUACAUCAAAGUUAUCAAGAUGUUCGCCUGGGUUAAAGCCUUCGCCCAGGAUGUCCGCAGGAUCAGGGGUGAGGAGCAGAGGAUCUUGGAGCUGACCGGUUACUUCCAGAGCAUCACGGUCGGCGUGGCGCCCAUCGUCGUGGUGAUCGCCAGCGUGGCCACCUUCUCCGCCCACAUGUUGCUAGGAUACGACCUGACAGCAGCGCAGGCCUUCACCGUGGUGACGGUGUUCAACGCCAUGACCUUUGCCCUCAAAGUGACCCCGUUCUCCGUCAAGUCUCUGUCGGAGGCAGCGGUGGCCACGGACAGAUUCAAGAGUCUCUUCCUGAUGGCCGAGGUGGACAGCGUCUCUGCGUUGCCUAGCGACCCUCAGGUUGCCGUGGAGAUGUGUGGGGCCAGUCUGGCGUGGGACGGCGGCGGGCAGAGCGCUCAGCCCAGCCCGUGUGUUAGGACCACUGGACGACACAGACACAAAUGCCGACAGCGAGCGGUCCUGCAGGAGGAAGAGGAAGUGAGUGGCUCCCUGCUGACAGGAAGAGGAAGAGGAGGAGCCUCUGGUCCAGAGGAGGAAGAGGGGACCCCCCCCCCCUCCCAGAGACUGCAGAGCACCCUGCACUGCAUCAGCCUCAGCAUCCAGCAGGGGAAGCUGGUCGGUGUCUGUGGGAGCGUCGGCAGCGGAAAAACCUCCCUGAUCUCUGCUAUCUUAGGACAGAUGAUGCCACUGGAGGGCAGCGUGGCGGUCAGGGGACGGCUGGCCUACGUGGCUCAGCAGGCCUGGAUCCUGAACGCAACGCUCAGAGACAACAUCCUGUUUGGACAGGAGUACCAGGAGGACAGGUAUCAGUCCGUCCUGAGCGCCUGCUGUCUCAGACCUGACCUCUCCCUGUUGCCCAAUGCUGACCUGACAGAGAUCGGCGAGCGCGGGGCCACCCUGAGUGGCGGGCAGCGCCAGCGAAUCAGCUUGGCCCGCGCCCUCUACAGCGACCGGGACGUUUACGUUCUGGACGACCCGCUCAGCUCGCUGGACGCCCACGUAGCCAAUCACGUCUUCCACAGCGCCAUCAGGAAGCAGCUCCGCCACAAGACUGUCCUCUUCGUCACGCACCAGCUGCAGUACCUGGUGGACUGUGAUGAUGUCAUCCUGAUGAGGGAGGGGAGCAUAGCGGAGCAGGGUAACCAUGACAACCUGAUGAAACUGAACAGAGACUAUGCCGCCAUGUUCAACCACUUCCAGCUGGGAGACACUCCGCACAUAGAGGCUCCCAGCAGGAAGUCAGGUGGUUCUCAGAGGAAAGCAGCAGACAGUAAACCAGGAUCAGUGAAGAAGAACACCCCGGUGGUCAAAGAUAACGGGGAGGAGCCUCAGUGUGGGGGGGGCGUGGCCUGGCCCGUGUUCCGGCUCUACAUGGCGGCGUGCGGAGGCUCCGCCUCCUGCCUGCUCAUCCUGCUCCUAUUCGUCCUCAACGUGGGAAGCUCCGCCUUCUGCCAGUGGUGGCUCAGCUACUGGAUCAACCAGGGCAGCGGGAACACCACGGUAACCCAGGGCAACAGUUCGGCUGUGAGUGUCAGCAUGAAGGAUAAUCCCAUGAUGCAUCAGUACGCUGCCGUGUACGCCUCGUCCAUGGGAGUCAUGCUGCUCUUCAAGCUCAUCAGAGGGGUCGUCUUUGUCAAGGGAACUCUGCGUGCCUCCUCCAAGCUCCACGACCAGCUGUUCCACAAGCUGCUGCGCUGCCCCAUGAAGUUCUUCGACACCACGCCGGCAGCUCGCAUCCUCAACAGCUUCUCCAGAGACAUGGACGAAGUGGACACUCGUCUCCCCUUCCAGGCGGAGAUGUUCAUCCAGAACGUGAUCCUGGUCUUCUUCUGCCUGGGCGUGAUCAGCUGGGUGUUCCCAUGGUUCCUAGCGGCGGCGGGCCCGCUGGUGUUGCUGUUCGCGGCGCUGCACGGUGUCUCCAGGGUCUUCAUCCGGGAGCUGAAGCGUCUGGACAACGAGACCACGUCCCCCUUCAUGGCCCACAUCACCUCCAGUGUCCAGGGCCUCGCCACGCUGCAGGCCUACGGCCGGGCCCGGGACGUCCUGCACAGGUACCAGGUCCUGCUGGACCAGAACCAGGCCUGCUUCUACCUGUUCAGCUGUAGGUACCUGAACACAUGGCUGGCGGUCCAGGUACUGGACCUCAUCAGCGUGUCCGUACUGAUCACACAUCAGGCACCAACCAUGAUGGUUCUGAUGCACGGACAGAUCCCUCCGGCCUACGCUGGGCUCGCCAUCUCCUACGCUGUCCAGUUAACAGGGUUGUUCCAGUUCACUGUCCGCCUGGCGUCUGAGACUGAAGCUCGCUUCACAUCUGUGGAGAGAAUCCAUCACUACAUCCAGUCCCUGUCCCAGGAGGCCCCAGCCAGAGUUAAAGGAGGGGCCCCCCCAGCCGACUGGCCCCAGCAGGGGGAGCUGGUUCUGAGGGAUGUGGAGAUGAGGUACCAGGAGAACCUGCCGCUGGUUCUGAACCGCAUCUCCUGCACCAUCCGGCCCAAAGAGAAGGUCGGCAUCGUGGGCAGGACCGGCUCAGGGAAGUCCUCUCUGGGCGUGCUGCUGUUCCGGCUGGUGGAGCCCUGUGGUGGGUCCGUCCUGAUAGACGGCGUGGACAUCAGUGACAUCGGGCUGGCCGAUCUGCGCAGCAAAAUGUCCAUCAUCCCCCAGGACCCAGUACUGUUCCACACUACCGUCAGGUCCAAUCUGGACCCGUUGAACCAGUACAGCGAUGACCAGAUCUGGGACGCUCUGCAGAGAAGUCACAUGAAGGAGUGUGUGUCCCAGCUGCCUCUGAAGCUGCAGUCGGAGGUUUUGGAGAACGGAGAAAACUUACUCAAGGUCAGAGAGGCUGCUGUCAAGGUGUUGAUCCUGGACGAGGCCACGGCAGCGAUGGACGCAGAGACAGACGCUCUGAUCCAGGAGACCAUCAGGACUUCCUUCCAGCACUGCACCACCCUGACCAUCGCUCACCGGCUCACCUCGGUGCUCACCGCUGAUAGGGUCAUGGUGCUCAACCAGGGACAGGUGGCGGAGUUUGACGAGCCGUCCAAGCUGCUGGCCAAUGAGAACUCUCGGCUGCGCUCCAUGCUGGUCGCCAUGGAGACCAAGGUGUCUGUACGAGGAUGAAGAAGAGGAUGAAGAUGUACGUGUUACUGGACUGAUCAGAGAUCAGAGAUCAGAGCUGACAGAAUCUAAAUCACUUUUGAGUCUGAACACAGAGGGGAAGCCCCGCCCCUUCCUGUGUCUAAGCCCCGCCCCCUUCCUCCGUAAUACCUGCUACGGCCAAUAGAGGGCUCUGGGUCAGAAUGAUGCUGG